CUGUUCGGUUCGUCCUGCUAGCGCUGCGCCUUUAUAAGAUGACGUGCUUGCGCCAUUCGUUGCUUGUAUUGGUCCUCUGCUACUACGUCUCGCAGACGGCUGUCGGGGCCCGCCGUCUGAACCGAUUCGUGCGCCACUUCGAGCCCCUGUCGUACGAGCCGCGACCCGUGCACCGGGGACACGUGCGCGUCAGGCGAUCGCUAGGCGGCAGCCACCCGCAGCAGCAGCAGCAGCAGCAGAGCAUGUCUACGUCCGUUUUCAGGGUUUCAACAGGCAAGGCCCAUUAUGCACGUUCACCUCAUUGCUCGCAAGCGCACAUAACGUUGUUCGCGCAGUGGCGCUCGACCAAUUCGGGCAACAUAUCCCGCCUGGCUGAUCUGUCAGUCCCAUAG